AUGGUGGUUUAUCUCGAUGACCUGACGGACUUGUCUCAUCUCACUUCCCUACAGCUCGGUAAUAUGCACUACCUUCCCUUCGAGGGCCUGGUUGUUCCCUACGAGCCUAUAGACCCGACCCUUUUUCAACAUGCGACCAACCUCAGAAGGAUCUCAGUGGAGCAAUUCGGUCCGGAUAUUCUACGCCUUGUCCAGCUUCUGCAGAAGGUCCAGUCGCCUCCGAGAUUAGACACCCUCGAUGUACUAGAUUACGGCAACACUCUACAACCGGAUAGUCCCGACUUUGCAAAUGAACCCUUGCAUGAAUUCCACACGCCUGAAUUUGUGGGCGAGCCCAUCUAUUCGGUUCCAUUGGACAAGACUGGAUACGCAUGGCGUCGACUCUGCUACUCAGGGCGCGUGGCCUGGAACAAUGGUAAUGAGAUGCUCAAGAAGUCGCGGGAACUGCUGACACACUUUGUCGCCCAAUUUACAGCAUUAGAGGAGCUCAUUAUUCCAAUCCAUAAUCGAGACGGAUUUGACGUCCUCAAGACAGAUGUCCUUCCUCGUCUGCCCAGUCUCCAUACCCUUCAUCUUCCCUGGCCAGAUCUGGCAGCUUUCAUGGCCGAUCUUGAAAAGCCAUGGCGUGAGCUAAGGGCUAGAAGCCCUUAA